AUGAUAAGCAAAUAUCAAUCGUAAGAUAUCUUCAUGAUUUAUAAGUAAAGUAUAAGUUUAUGAAUUUGGAGAAUAUUUUAAAAGCUUAAAGUAAAAGAAUUGGAAUAAUUGGGUUUAUUUAUAAUAAUAAAAAAAGAUGUAUUUAAAUUAAUCAAUAAUUAUAUAGUGGUGGUGGAAAAUACAAUUUGAAAGAUUAAAAGAAUGGUAAAUGGAUUGAAUUGAUUGAUUUUUUUAGAAUGAAACAUAAGUAAUUUAUACUGGUGAAUUUAAAUUUGGAAAAAAAGUAGGGUUAUGGGAAAUUUGUAAAUAAAUAUGAUGGUUUACCAUUAUAAUAUAUAUAAAUGAUUUUAUAAGAAGAGGAAAUUUAUGAAUGCUUUAGUGGUGGUGGACUAAAUGACUAAAAAUGUAAUGGAAUGAAAAUUGGGAAGUGGAUUGAAUAGGAUAAAGGAUUUUAUAAUGGGAAAUAAAUAACUCAUAUUGGUGAGUAUAAAACUGGUAAAAAAUUUGAUAUAUGGGAUAUUUGA